GAAGAAUGUAUAAACUAUAACCUCUUUGAAACGUCUCAGAAUUACAACAGCGAGCAUUAUGUGUGGACGGUGUGGACAAAAGUGACUGCACUUCCGCAAAACACACACGGUUAUCAGCAGUGAAAAAUAAUUGGCACAGUUGUCUCCGGCGCCGCUGCCACCAUGCUGAAGAAGAUCCCGUCCAACAUCUCGCCGGAGCUGCUGUUCGUGCUGGCCAGCAUGGGCCACGGCGACGAGCUGGUGCUGGCCGACGCCCACUUUCCGACCAGCGCGUGCUGCCGGGCGGGGCCGCGCGAGGUGCGCGCCGACGGCCAGACGAUCCCGCAGCUGCUGCGCAGCGUGCUGCAGCUGAUGCCACUCGACACGUACGUCGGCGAGCCGGUGAUGCUGAUGGCCCCGGUGCCGGCCGACCAGGACCGCGGAGUCGAGACGCCGAUUUGGGACACGUACCGCACGCUGCUGGACGAGGCGGAGGGCCCUCGGGUCGAGAUCGAUCUAUUGGAACGCUUCGACUUCUACAAGCGCGCCAAGCAGGCGUUCGCCAUCGUCCACACCGGGGAGCGUGCUCAGUAUGGCAACAUCAUACUGAAGAAGGGCGUGGUGCGGGAGUACGACACCGAGUCCUGAGCGCCGACCGCAGCAGAUGCAGGUCAGGCGAACCAUGUGGUACUGACGCAACUGCUGAUCUGAGGAAGUGUUUGGUCAUUUUGAAUUCACCGUUUCAGUAGUCGUGCAAGGUGACUGUAAUAGUGUCACUCUUAACGAGGAGGUAGUCGUAUAUCAUCGGUGUUUGCGAAGUAGAGAUCGAUUUGCUCACUAGUUUAUAGUUCUUGUAUUUGAGAUCCACAUGGUGAAUAUUCUGCACCAACUAAGCAGGAAUCAUGUCUUUUAGUGAAUUUAGGGUAUUGGACACCAUCAAUCAUAGCUCACAUCACAGUUUGAUAGUCAUGCUAGUCAUUUUGAUGUCUACUAUUUUUGAAAGUUGCACCUUCUUGCGAAAUAUUUCUGGGGACUAAGGGACGUUGCGAUAUCACGGCAAUGCCGAUCGGCCAGAUAAUUAUGGUCAUUCAUUUUGAUGGUUCAUUAUUUGUCUUUUGACGUCCUUGCAUGGUUAUCCGAGAUUUAAAGGGCGUUAUUUCACUGUCGUUGAUGCACAUGAUUAGAAAAACCUGCAGCGUUGUCGCAGACUUGACUGCAGGUGGGCUAGCAUUGAGGUGAAAGUGCUCAAGCUCAUGUACAUUUUUCGAUUGGUCUGCCUCUGCCGCCAUCUGUUGAUUGUCAAUUGGAGCAGUUUCGCACCGCGGCGAUUGGUCAGUUUCGUCAGGUGUGAGCGAUACAGCCCGGGUUCGCGGACAUGCCUUUUUCCGCUGUGGUUCAACCACCGCGCCGCUGUCCGAAUACACAGCGUCGUGGAUGUAGGGUUGGUAGAAAUAGUAUAGCUUUCCGGUGUCAAUUGACAGAGCCUUCCAGUCUGGUGACCUUGCAUUCCGCACGCACCUUCAUAUCAAACAUCAGCAAUACGAUAUGCAUAUUCUGUACCAGUACUGCAUGCGAGCUUAUUAGUGUGUCGUAGUGCUUUUCCUUACCGCAUGCGGCAUGGGUCUAAUAUUUUAGCCGGAGAUCACCACUCACCAGCAACCACCAACAGACGGUCUCCAAUCAGUUUCGAGAGGAGACAGUGUCCCAGUCGACUGGUGUUUUGUUGUGUUGAUGAUUAGCCGUGCGAUUUGCAGUAUUCGAUGUGAAUUGUGAUAGAAAGCUUUCAAGAAAUAAAUGUUGACUUUAAGGUAGA